CUUCAGUUCCCCCCUCUCAAAUACAAUUUUUUUUCAGUCUGUUCUGCAUAUCUCCUCAUUAAUAUACCUUCUUGUAAAUAAUAUACAUUUCCACCUCUCGUUUCUUAGACACUCCUUCGAAAUGGCAACAUGUACCACAAUGACGGCUCGAGAACCGUUCCCAAGAACACCAACUCCAAGGCCAUCAUCGACCUUCCCUAUCUUGACCAAGCGAAUGUCGUAUCAGUCGCUACGGAGCCCGGUUUUAACGAGUCCCAUCGGUGGCAUGCCCUUUGUGAAUGAUUUUGGGUCACAAGAUUCCCCUGGCUGGGAACAUAUUAAUGUCAUUUCUCCAAGUACUGCAUCUCAUCACAGUCUUUAUUCAGAUGGAGAGGAUCACGCAUUUCAAUCCCCAAGAUUGGCGCUUUUGACCAGCAAUAUUCUCGGGGGUCAUGUCCACGAUACCUCUGACGAACUCAAUAUGCUCAUCUCACCUUCGGCGCCGGUUAAGCUGCCUGGCGACGAACUGUUGUACGACGUUGAUUCUGAAGCCCGACCAGAUGCAUGCUUCUUUCACCCCUCCUUCCAAGCUGGCCUUAAUGCGACUAAGCAGGAAAUGAAGGACAUUUCGCUUGCCAUUUGGGGCUGUCCUGCAUCUCAUCAGCUUGGAUCGGAUCUUCAUGCGUUGAAGGAAUGGGCAAAGCAGCUCAGCGAGUUUGAACCUUCGAGAUCAAAGACAAUUGGGCUUAUUGGAGACUCUGGAGUUGGAAAGAGUAGCGUUAUCAAUUCUCUUCUCGAUCAGCCUUACCUGGCUUCCUCGAGCGCUAGUCUCUCUACACCCAUCAUUACCGAGUAUAGGUACCGACCCGCCCACGACAACGAGCCUUUUGCUAUCGAAGUCGAUUACAUGACAAGUGACGAAAUCAAAGAGCUCAUCGAAGAACUACUGAGGAGCUUUCGAGCGUGUUAUAUCCCUUCAUUCCAAGAUGUUGAUUCCCCUGAAGAACGCCGAGAGAUUCGAGUCAGGUCAGAAGUUGCUUGGUGCACACUUCAGUCCAUGUUUAGAGACCAACCAAUCUUCACCAAAGAGCUAUUACUGGAAUACCCAACAGAAGCGGAUAUACCGCUUCUUAACAUUCUCGAAAAAUGGGCUAGUGAUUCCCUGGCUCGCCGACCUGGAGGCCCUGAUUGUCCUACCUGGUCCUCUACUGGCUUCACUAUCGACGAAUGCACUGAUAAGCUGGAAGCCUUCACGGCCGACCCUGUUGGCGAUAACGUGUGUGCGCUUUGGCCGUAUGUUCAAGUUGUACGAGUCUACCUUCGCGCAGCAAUUCUUCGCUCUGGUCUUGUCCUAGUCGAUUGCCCUGCUCUACGAAAUCUCAAUCUCGCCCGUGCACGAGCGACUGAGCGAUAUCUCCGAAGGUGCCACGAAGUCUUCGCCGUCACCACCAUGGAAAACGCUCUCUCAGAUGCUGGCGUGCAAGAUAUUAUUAAGCGCAAUAGCCGUCACCGGCCUCUUCGCAUCAUCUGCACAAAGUCAGAGGACAUCAACCCGCGAACUGUGGAAAGAAAUGAAUCAGAUGUGUCGCUACAAGUCAGGACAUGGCGACAACAAAUUGACGCUCUCCAAAAACAAGCAAAGCGAUGCGAGGCGCAGAGGCGACAUGGCUUACCCGGUGCUCUUGAGGAAGAGGUGCGAAGUAGAGACAUACUACAAGAUAUGGAGUUCGGCCUCAAGAAAUUCCUCAUCGAGCGUCGAAACCGCCAAGUCGCAACUCAGCUCAUCGACAAGUAUGCUGCGGACGUACAAAUGGGAGAUCUCAAAGUCUUCUGUGUCAGCAAUCAUGAGUACUGGGAACAUCGAUAUGAUGAACAGAGUCGAGCAGAGUCUCGGCUUGAAUUGAGUGGUAUUGUUAAUUUGAGAAAGUAUUGCCAUUCCAUCCCCGCAGAGGCUCAGUUUACCGCCGCCGUCGCUUUUAUCGAACAUGAUGUCCCGGCUUUCUUGGGUUCGCUGAGACAGUGGGCAGUGGGUGGGACAGAUGAGAUUAGCAAGGAGAAAGCGGAGGGCAUUCGACAUCUUAUGAAUGAAUUGGAGGAGGCUGCAAUUAAGAAUCUUGUUCUGCCCUCAGCGCAGAUCCAAAUCACGAAGACGAACUUAAACCACGAAUUUGCCUCCUCAAUCGUACUUCCCAUCCGCGAACAUCGUUCGGAAUGGCGAAACGCUGCCCUAGACGCCAGCAAAGAAUGGUCCAAAUGGGACGCCAAUACCUACGCAUCAUUCUGCCGCCACCACGGCACCCGCACCGCGGUAUCCACAGGCUCCCGAAACUGGAACGAAGAACUCACAUACCCCAUGCGUCUCACCCUCCAAAGUAACUGGGGCUUCUUCCAAGAAAGCGUAUCCGACAGCCGCAAAGAACUCAUCGACUCUAUCGCCGCCGUCUUCACCAAUAUGACCGCUACACUUCACCCUCAUAUCCCGGAUGCGCCGCAAGCCCUAGGGAAUCUAGUGGAUAAUAUCAGCGCGCGGUGUGGUGCGAUGACGCAGGUUGUGGAAACAGGCUUUGAUGAGAUUCUUGAGGGUACGGCAGCUGUAGAGUCGGAUACAUUAUACGGGCAUGCGACGUCGUAUAUAAACACGCUUAUGCUGCCGGCUUAUCACGCUUGUAACGCCGAACCUGCGACUCCCGCCCUCUCCUCCGCCCCUGGAGCCGAAGCCGACCAAAAUCGGAAACAUGCAAUAACAACACACAUAGCCUCCGCCCGCAUCUUCCCCAAACUCUCCACAAUGAUUGAGCGGCAUCACCGGCAAUUCCUACAUUCUGCCUUCGACAAGAUGUUGGUUGGCGUGCAGAAGGAAGUUGAUGCAUUUGUUCGCGAUUUGGGGCUCGUGGUAUCGAGUUCAGCUGAGGAGACUGAGAGCGAAGCGAGCAGGUUUCCGGAGUUUGCGGUGAGGUUGAGGGAGAGGUUGGAUGGGGCAGGGGAUGUGGUACAGCGGGUGAGGGAGGUGCUGGGGGAAGUGAAGAGGGAGAUGAGGGAGAGGGAGUGAGCGGUGGUUAGGAUUUGACCCUAGGCAGUUUGUUUGUUGCUUGAACUUUUGCGCAUGGGUGAGUGUUGUUAUCUAAAAUCUCUUCUGUCAUGUAAAUAGCGUUUAGCGUUUUAUCUUCCUGGUUAUAUACGGGUGGGGUGUGGGUGGUUUGUUAGUGUUGUUUUGUUUGUG